AUGGCUUUAGAACCGGAGAUGAAGAAGCUGUUUGCUCACCAACCGUGCUUACUGCGCAUGAUCUGUACGCUGCCUAUCAUCACUUCCCAGCCCUUAGUUUCAGCCUCAGGCCGGUCAUCAAAUGACGGGAGCCUUGCGCUGUUCCACGACACGAUCUACCAAGCUUUGGAGUUAUAUAGCUUCCCAAACCACGCCAGACCGGAUUCGCCUCCCAAUUCAUACCAGCGAGAUGUAGACCGCGGCAGCCACUACCCUGCUCUCUUCUGUGACUUGCAUCGUUCUGUCAACAGCGAUAAUCCGGGCAAUGGGUCUUACAAUGGACGCACGGGGCCGAUUGCCACCACUCCUGAACAUCGCAGCAUCGACAGAUCAGAGGACCAUUCUCUAGAACUAAUACUGGCGAGCUUUCCAUACUCGUUCGACGAAUCUUCCAUGGUAGCCAGUCAAUCAGGGUCUCAGAAUUCCGUUAGCAUUGGGUGUAAUGCUCUGCAAGAUCCCCAGAGGUUCUUUGCGACUUUACCCAUCGUGGGUAAUGCUGCACCGUCUGCACAAUGUUCAACUAUAACUCCCUCGAAUAUGGACAACGGGAUUGGCUUCUCCGGCCCAAGAUUCCCAGAACGGCAACACAGUCAGGCUGGUCAAGCAAUCCAAGCUUCUGACUUCUUGACUAAUGAAGCAGCCGGUGAUUUGAUCGUCGUACCUGGCCACCCCAUGAGCACCAAGAGCGCCCAAGUGGCUGCCUUAAGAGACGACAACAACCGCAACAAGGGGCGAAUCGAUAACUCUAAUCGGGCUUCUUACAGCCAAUUUCCUCUAGGUGGCAGUAUUAGGCGACGAAGAGACGACUAUGGCUUAGACAGAUCAUCGACACCAGGCGAUUGUCCCUUCUGUGAAAACUUCAGCGGAGACGCAAAGCGACUCAGGGAUCAUAUACGAUGUCAUAUCAAGGAGCAUGCUUGUGAAGUACCACGGUGUUCUCAACGCUUCAGCACUGCGAGAGAUCUCCUCAGGCACGACAGAUCUGCACAUCAGAAGGCGAAACUAAUUUGCCAUAUUUGCGAAGCUAGUAUUCGAGGCGGGCGUCUGGAUAACUUGAAGAGGCACAUGAGGCAGAGGCACCCCUUGGUACAGGCAGAUGUGGAUAGCUAG